AUGGUAGCCAGUAAUGUACGACUGAUUUCGCAGCCCAUUUGCAUCCUCAUUAAAGCCCAAUUUCGUUUUCAAGGACCAGGUGAAUCGAAUAUGAAUGUGCCGGAUAUGAAGGGUGUGGUGCUAGCAAAUCCCGAGCCUGUGGCUGGAAGACGCAUCUCUCUGCCCGCACGCCAACCCACACACCCCUCGUUCAGUUUGUUGGCCAUUCUUCGCAGCAAUAUUGGGCGCGACUUGACGAAACUCAAACUACCAGUAGUCCUCAAUGAACCUCUGAGUACUCUCCAAAACCAAUGCGAGGAACUGGAGUACAGUCAUCUCCUAGAUGCUGCAUCAGAAAUGGAGGAACAAACCAAAAGGAUGCUCUAUGUUACAACAUUUGCAAUCUCGGCUUACGCGAGAACCGCAAGUCGAACUGCCACAAUGCCGUUCACUCCACUCCUCGGCGAGACCUUUGAAUGCGUGCGACCGGAGAGGCAGUGGCGCUUUCUCGGCGAACAAGUAAGCUGUCCCAGUGUAGCGCCUUGUGGUCAGGCAGCGACGAAGCCCAUUUGCGUUAGCCACAAUCCACCGGUGACUGCAAGUCAUUGCGAGUCAAAGUUAUGGAGCCUCUACCAGGAAUUUAACAUGAAGAGCAAGUUCUGGGGAAAGUCACUGGAAAUUGUGCCCGUAGGAUGCUGCCAGCUGUACUUCCCACGGUGGCAAGAGACCUACACCUGGAACAAAGUAACGACCUCCAUUACCAAUGUAUUUUCCCCCACAACCCUGUCUAUUGACCACACUGGGGACUUGACCAUUAAGUGUUCCAAUGGCGCUUCGUCCACCGUUCAUUUCAACCAGCACGACAGUAAACGGCCCGACGUCCGCAGGUACGUCUGUGGCACAGUUAAUCCCCCCAAGGGUUCUUCGGAAGACCCACGAUUGCUGUAUGGCCACUGGGAUAAGAUCCUCGUUUCGAGGGAUGAAAAUGGCGAAAACCGGUGCAUAUGGCGGGCAAAUCCCCUCCCACCUAAUUCUGCGCAUUACUACGGCUUCACGAAGUUCGCGAUCGAGCUGAAUGAGCCCCCCGUGGCCGACGCCGUCUCCUCCGGGCGUCUCCCAAUCACAGACUCGCGGUUGCGACCCGAUCAGCGAUUUCUUGAGCUCGGUCGCAUCGAAGAGGCCGAGAUUGAGAAAACCCGACUUGAAGAUGAACAAAGACAUCGACUGAAGAUGCACAAGACCACAGAGAACUCUAGGGAUAGAAGUUCGAGCAGCAUCUGGAAGCCGCACUGGUUCACGUAG